GGCUGGUUUCCCACACGCACGUCACAAUUCUGUGCAAGAUGGCGGAGAAAGCAGAAACAUCGGGCCAGCGAGAAAAGGAGAAUGAGAGCAAGAAAAGUGGUCCGCCUCCGGUAGCAAAGGCCUAUCUGUUGCUCUACAACGGCCUACUGACUGCGGGGUGGUUCGUGGUAUUGUAUCGAACCGUCCUCUAUUCCAUUGACCACGCCCCCUCCUGGAGGAGUGAUGGAAUUCCGACAUCAGUGCCUGGUCUCUAUGACGACCUGAGGCUCCCACUGCGAGUUUUCCAGACUGCAGCUUGUCUGGAGGUUGUUCAUGUUGCCGUGGGGAUAGUGAGGUCUGCUCUGUUCACCACAUUCAUUCAGGUGUUCUCACGGAUCUUCAUGUUGUGGGGUAUAGUGGAAGGCGUGGCAGGAACAGCAUACAGUCCAGGGCUACUGCUAGUUGCAAUUGCCUGGAGCGCCACUGAAGUCAUUCGAUACUCAUUUUACUUCUUUGCUCUCAUCGAUGCUAUACCCUACCCCAUAAAAUGGCUCAGGUUAUCAUCUUUACUCCUGUGCUUGCAUUUGUUGCGAAUCGCGGAACCCUUCUCUAUUAAGGACACCAGCCUUUUCUUUACACAAGAACAGUUCUUGCAUGCAAUUCACUCAGUAAUAUGUCUUCUGUCCCAUUGGUGUCGUGAUUAAAGGGGUUCCACUGUAUAUCUUUAACAGGUACACAACAUUCUACAUCCUGUAUCCAACAGGAGUCACGGUAAGUCAUGUGACAGUCACAUGACCUCACGAGACUCCGCCCACUGCAGGGAGAGCUAAUGCUGUCGUUUGCCGCCCUGCCAGUUCUGAAAGCCAGUCACCAGUGGAGCACCUCACUCCCCAAUCCUUACAACCUGUCCUUCAGUUUCUACUACUUUCUCAUGUUCUUCAUGGCCCUUUACAUCCCUUUGUUUCCACAGUUGUAUGGACACAUGAUCAGUCAACGUAAGAAGGUCAUUGGCGGUGGUGCAAAAUCUAAACAAGAAUGAACACCAAUUCUUAUAAAAAGAGUA